GCCGACGUCGAGCUGCGUCCACCGUGAUGACGUUCGGACGACGGUUUGCUACUAUCGUUAUUAGCUACAGGCUAACCUGGUGAAACCUGUUUUCUCUCGUUGUUUCUUCUUCGUUUCAGUAAAAAUGAGUCCGCUGUGUGAGCACUGCGGGGAGAACAUGAAGAAGAUGAAUCAACAAGUUUCUGUAAUGCGGAAAGAAAUAAAAAAUCUGAGACAGACGUUGGACGGGGCUGUCAGAGCGCAUCGCAAACAUCUGAUGUCGAUUCAGGCUGCUGUGUCAAAGGCCGACUUUUCUGGCCACAAUAAAAAAGACUGCACAUCUUCAUUAUCAGCGCCAGACGCAUUAGAACAAGGAAACAUCCAGACUGUGCCGAUUGGUUACAUCAGCUCCUGUUUUUCCGUGAAGAACGGGACGCCCAGGCAGCCGACUAUCUGCGGCCCGUCACGGGCUCAGCUGCAAAUCCAGCAGAGCGUUUUCAACAACCCUGAGCAUGCGCUGGUGGGCCUCGAGCAGUACUCGCAUGUCUGGAUUAUUUUUCUUUUCCAUAAAAACGGACAUCAGAGUUACAAAGCCAAGGUGAAACCUCCCAGGCUGAACGGUCAGAGAGUCGGAGUUUACUCGACACGAAGUCCACACCGACCAAACUCCCUUGGACUGACACUGGCCAAGCUGGAUAAAAUUCAAG